CGUUCUGUUUGGUUAAACGAGAAAGUAGGCCAGUGCCUGUUUGCUGGAGGUCCGCGGAAGCUGCAUUUGUCCUCUUAGCAUCCAUUAACGGGUUAAUUUGAUUGAGCUGCCAGGAUAGCUGGACCCAUUCCAACUCGUCUUCGAUAUAAUUAGACGAGCUUUCGCAGUCGCUUUGAGAGACUGACAGUCAGACCCCGACACUGUCACCCGAGGACAGCUGUAGAUCCCAGCUCGAAAUACAGUGUCAACUUCCUAACUCAUACCCGCAAUUUGCAUAAAGAUGUCUGGAUUGGGGAAGCUGCGCGUCGCUGUGAUCGGAGCCGGUGCUGCGGGACUCUGCGCGGCCCGCCACCUUCUCUCCCGCCGGGACACUUUCGCGACACCUGUGGUGUACGAGCUCACCAAGAAUAUCGGAGGAACCUGGGUCUAUGAGGAAAGAGUGGGAUGUUACGACAAUGGCUUGCCGAUUCACAGCAGCAUGUACAGGGACCUCAGAACCAAUAUUCCCAAAGAGGUGAUGUCUUUCCCUGACUUUCCUUUUGCAAAGCAUCUACCCUCUUUUGUCCAUCACACCGAGGUACGGAAGUACCUUGAGCAGUACUGUGAUCAUUUUCGCCUGUGGGACCACAUACAGUUUGGCACCUCAGUGGCUUCAGUGACCCCAGUAGAUGUGAAGGGUGGGUGGAAUGGGUUGGCUUGGGAUGUCACCUCCAACAAUGGUGUAGACCACAGCAAGUCCACUACAGAGAGAUUUGAUGCUGUUAUGGUGUGCAAUGGACAUUUCUAUGACCCCUACAUCCCUGCAAUACCUGGACUGGAAAAAUUCAAAGGAAUGCUGAUGCACAGUCAUGAUUAUCGUAGUGCUGAACCUUUGGCGGGAAAGUCAGUGGUGCUGCUGGGAGCUGGUCUCUCUGGACUAGAUAUUGCCAUGGAGCUCUCCAGUGUUGAUGCUCAGGUCAUCCUGAGUCAUGGACAGCGGCCGUUGACCUGCCCCCUUCCUCCAGGAGUCCAGCAGGCUCCUCCAGUAACCUCUGUACUGGAAGAUGGCACUCUAGAGUUCAAAAAUGGGGAGAGAGCCAAGCCAGAGGUGUUCCUGUUUUGUACAGGCUACAACUUCACCUUCCCAUUCCUGGAUAAGAAAGUGGGUGUAAAAGUGCAGGAGCACCUCGUCUGGCCUCUCUAUAAGUUCCUAAUACCUCCAGCCUACCCUUCACUCUUUAUAGUGGGCAUCUGUAGAGCUAUAUGCCCCUUCCCACAUUUCCAUGUUCAGUCUCAGUUUGUCCUGUCCGUGUUGGAUGGUUCUUUCCGCCUGCCAUCCCGGGAGGAAAUGGAGAAAGACAUUGAGCUGGACAUUGCGGCCCGUCGUGCCCGUGGAAUUGCCACCCGCCAUAUCCUUAAACUGGAUUCUGAGCAAUGGGCCUACAAUGACGAGCUCGCUCAUCUGGGGGGAUUCAAACCGCUCCCACGCUAUUGGAGCAACCUGUAUGAAUCCAACAAGGUGUUCCGUGCCCGAGACAUGCUUAAUUACAAGACCUACAACUACACUGUCCUGGAUAACAUGGAGUGGAAGGUGCAUGAUUUGCAUGGCCAGCAGCUGCAGAAGCCUCUGGCUGUUAAAUAACAAAUGUAAGAUGUGAUGGGAAAAAAAUACACCAUCAUUAAGGUGCUACAAGAAUAUGCCAGUGUAGCAAGUACAAUUAGGAUAUUAACAAAUUGUUCAGUACUAAUAUGUUUUGCAAUUUCUUUUAUUUUAAUAUUUAACCGUACUGUUAUUUCUAUGAGAUGAGCCCCUAUAGAACAUUUCUAAAUUAAAUAUCUUUCUAAUCUA